UUUUGGUCAUCCAUAAUAUUAAUGCUAAUGUUUUAAGUAAUUUGAUGUUUGUUUGUCCGUUUGUAUGGUUAUUUUUGUUAAUUAGGCAUUAUUUUUUGAUUGAAUAAGAGAUGUACAGUUUCUGAGGCAGCUAUCGCUGUAUGGCCUCGUUGUAUUAAAAACGUGUUAUCGUAAAAUUAUCCUAUGUGGCGUGUGUUAUGUACUUCAGACGUAGUGAAAGUAUCCGAUCGGAUUCGGCGAAGUACAGAAACUAAUGUUAUGUAUUUUAUUACUAACUGAAAGUAUUAAUCUUGUUUUUUGUAAUCCUGUGCUAGUUUAAUUGUAUGGAUGGCUGAUUAUGACUAUGUCGAGCAGCACGGUGACAAAAUGUGUCAUUUAUAUUUGGGCCAUUUUUAGAAGUCAUAAUAUAAUAGCUUAGAAAUAUGGAUAGCUUUUGUUGUUGUAUUUCGGUUAUCAAUGACAUUAGGAUAUUGUAACGUUAGCCUGUGUUUAAUGUUGCUUUGUAAACCUCGUCGGUUUUUUUGCUCUGUCAGUUUCGUAUAGAGGAUUUUAUACAGUUGUAUCUUGAUUACUUUUAGAAACUAUCGAACUAUAUCCACCUCCUUUUUUGGCGUAAAUGGGCGGUAUACAGAAACUGACCGGUUCCUCGGUUUUUUGUGUGUGCAGACGUCACAGUUACGUCACAGCGCUAGCUGAAGGCAAAACUAAUGAAAAAGUGGAGGCGGCCAUAUUCAAAGUAGCACAGAUGCGACUGCAUGAGGAGCUUAAAAUAUUAUUUUAUUGUGUUGCUGUGUGCCAGAAUCUACGUAGUGCAGGCUCAAAUGUGAUAUUUUAACACGUGCUGCCACUGGCAGACAAAAACCCCGACGACAGCUGUGGAUAAACGCUAUACAAUGCGCAGACUAGACAGAAAUUAUCGUCAAAACUGCUCGCGUUUGCAUAAAUAAAGUAUUGUUUUUGUUAUGAAUUAUGGUUUGUGUUAUGCAUCUAUUUUUUUUAUACAUCUCACGACUAUGACGUGCAUGAAAUGUCUAUGUGCAUGUGUGUAAACAACAAACUGACGAUUAAUAUAACGUUAAUCAUCUGUAAUUAUAGCUAGCGUUAGAGAAGCGGUCAGAGGAAUCUUUCCGCCGCCAGAAAAACGUCAUCGUGUUUACUAAUAGAGAAUAGGAACAGUCAGUUCAGUUUAGUCAGUUGUUUCCGGACGGUUCGUUUUCACUGCUGUACACCAAUAGAGGACUGGUGAGAUUUAGCUAUUUGUAAUACGUGCAAAUUUGUAUGUAUUUAUCACAUUGCGGGUGAUACUUUUGAUGUUUGUAAAGUAUAAAGUAAUCGCGGUUGUUGCAAUGCUGCAUUUUAAUUUAAGUACAAUUAAUUUGUAUUGCAUUACGGCAAGGUUUAUAAUAUUAUUUGUAAUUCUGUAUUUGUUUAUUCAAACAAUAUGUCACAGAUAUAUGUUACAAUGUCCCUGUUAAUUAAACGAGGCUGAUUUUGGACAAUGACUAUGAAUGUGCUUGAUAAAAUAAAUGCUAAAGAUUAUAGAAGUUAAAUUAGAUUGGUUAAGGGAAUAUGAGAUGUAUUUAAUUGAAUGAUUUAAUGGAAUGUAGCACUGUUGGCUAAUUUAUGUUUGUUGUCUUUUUAUGUGAAAUGGGGAACGAAUGGAGCAGUUCUGAGGUAAGUUAAAUUAUACAUGCAACAGACUAAUGCUGAGAUGCCACGUGGAAAGGGUUUCCGUCGCUCCCAGGCAGCCAAGAAGAGGAAUGCUGAGCGUCACACGCUCCUUCAUAGACUUGGUAGAGGAUAUCUGUCCUCUACCAAAAAAGGCACCUACUGAAAACUCUGAUGCAAAUACUUGUGAAAAUUCCCCUGAGAAAACUUGUGAAAAUUCCUCUGAGAAAACUUGUGAAAAUUCCUCUGAGAAAACUUGUGAAAAUUCCUCUGAUGCAAAUACUUGUCCAAAUUACUGCCGUAAGGCUCCCAAAACUUGUGAAAAUUCCUCUGAGAAAACUUCUAAGAAACGCUGGAGUGAUGUUACUAGAGCUUCACUUGUGACCAACUCUGAUUAUUUCCCUCAGAAAGUCGUACGUGGUUCCUUCCAUCAGGGUGAUGCUCGGUUUGGCUGGAACAGAAACCGUCAGUGUGCAGUGAACAGUAUCACAGCAGUCAUGGUGAGUGUGCUGAAGGAUGUGCUGACGUGGACAACAGAGGACCUGAAUGCUGUGCUGUUCCAUGGAGAUGAGCUGUACACAUCAAUGCGACUGCAGGGGCAGAUCAACGAUCGAACAGGGCUGGGUCAUAUUUUCUGUUGCAGAACUGCCACGACUACACACACUUGA